AUGGCACCCACGCGUAACCAGCGCACACCCCACAGGGCCCAACCGCCACACCUGCUCCCAGAGCCUACCGACAUCCCCGAAGGCAGCCAGGGUGGGAAGAUCCCCAGGCCAUCGAACGCCUGGAUCCUGUAUCGUACGGAGCACGCCGCGCGCCUCAAAGCGGAGAAGCUCGCCAAGAAGGAGCCUCCUUACCGACAGUCAAUGGUCUCCAAGAUCGUCGGGCAACAGUGGCGCGCGGAGCCUCAGUCGGUGCGUAACAGGUACGAGAAGGAGGCAGCUCGGCUCGCGGAGAUACACGCCGAGAUGUACCCGGAGUACAAAUUCCAGCCC